UUUUCUGUCGUUUCUGUCUGUCUGACAAUUUUGAACCGUUUUUGAUUCUUUAAAAAGUGAAAAUUUUAUAAAGUUGAAUAAAAUAGUUGUGUGAAUUAAAAAUGCAGGAAAUCACGCUCGAAGAGCAAAUGCGAGCACAAAUGCAUAUCCAGGAGCCAGUAACUGUUCUCGGUCAACAAACACAACAGCAACCAAAUCGUCAAAAUAGGCCAAAACGAGUUAAAAAACAGCCACAGCUUAAAGCUGAAGCUACGAUAGAAGAGACAAUUAAUUCUUUAAAAAAUGAAAUUGAAUAUAUGCCAAUGAAGACUCCAAUUUCUAUUCUUCAAGAACUCCUUAGUCGAAGAGGUAUUACUCCCAACUAUGAGUUAGUUCAGAUUGAAGGAGCUGUUCAUGAACCCAGUUUCCGUUAUCGAGUAUCUUUCAAUGAUAAAGAUGCAAUGGGUGUCGGGAGGAGUAAGAAAGAAGCUAAACAUGCUGCUGCAAAGGCUCUCAUUGACAAGCUAACUGGACUUAAUCUCUCUGAUACCUUUUAUCAACAACAAAAGAGUUUCGCUAGUAAUGGAUCUGGUGGAGCUCUUAAUACUUCUUCCAGUAGCACUAAUUUUGAUGAAAAAAAUCAAAUGGGAAACCCGAUAGGAGUUUUGCAAGAAUUCUGUAUGUCUAAGCAUUGGCCACCACCUCAAUAUGAAGUUGAAGUUGAAGUAGGUUUGCCUCAUGAACGGCAAUUUACCAUCGGAUGUCUGGUAUUGAAGUUUCGAGAAGUUGGUAUGGGAAAAUCGAAGAAAAUUGCUAAGCGCCAAGCAGCUCAGAAAAUGUGGGAACGUUUGCAGUCACAACCUAUGGAUCAAGCGGAUGUUGUUCAGUCAUGUAUUGAUGAUGCCAAUGAUGAGAUGAGAAUCGCCAACAUUUUAAGUCGUUAUUCUGAAUUAAAGGAAGCCAACAUUCCGACGCUCACUAAUCAACACAGCUUUAAAGUCUCGCAGUUCCAUAAAGUACUUAAGAACACAUAUGGAAAGUCUCUGGCCAAACUUCAGAACAUGUGUCUCAAUAAUAAAGAUGUAAAUUAUGUCGCUUUUCUUCAAGAAAUUGCUAAUGAACAUAAAUUCGAAGUAACUUACGUUGAUAUUGAAGAGAAAACUUAUUCUGGUCGUUCCCAAUGUCUGGUUCAACUAUCGACACUGCCAGUAGCUGUUUGUCAAGGAUCAGGACAGACAUCUAAAGACGCUAACAAAGAUGCUGCCAAGAAUGCUUUGGAGUACUUGAAAAUUAUGACGAAAAAACAAGUGAAAUGGUGGGCUAUUAGUCCCUACAUAUAUGUUGUUAAAAAACCACACGCAGAAAUUUUGAUGUGUUGUCUUUUGAUACCGACAACAGUUUUGAUGUAUAAGGAGACAUGA